AUGCGAACGCUUUUCCUGACAUUUCUCCUAUUCAUCAUUUCCUCACAAUGGGUCAUUUAUCGGAAAGGGAAUGCGCCAAAAAGGAAAAUCGUCUGCAAGCCUGACAACGAAUGGGAAACAAAUGCCCAACCGGGUUCCUCCUCACCUUCAUCAAGUUCAUCGGAAGAACAUCAACCACAACAACCAGCAAAACGGGAAGCUUCUUUGGAUGAGCACGUUUUGGUUGUUGUGAGAAAACGCCGAGAUGUGGAAAUCGAUCCAAACACCAAAGAGCCCAUCAUAUUUCUUGGGCAAAAAACAAACGUUUCGACAACCUUUGUCGAUGAUGGGGAUUUUGAUCUAAUUAGUGAUUAUCUGACAAGCGAUGAGCUCAAACUCGUCAAACAACAAAUUAUGAAUACGUGUAACUAUUUGGAUCGUGAUCGUCACCAUGAAACAAAACAACCAACAACGGCCUCUUCCAAAUCUCAAGGGACUAGAAAC